AUGUCGUGGCGGAAAUCGAGUAAGACACACAACACAACUACCCUGUGCUGUCGUUGUAUACUGACUUGGUCGUCCAGGGAGCUCAAAGCUCUUCCCAGUGGCCAGCACUGGUUCUGCCCACGCUCAUCCGACGACGACGGCUCCGUAUAUUUCGACGAAGACAUCCUCAAUGCGCCUACCCAGGAAACAGAGGCAGAAAAGGAGGCCAGGCAUGAAAAGAUUGAAGAGUCGCGACUGUUGAAGAAGAAGGUGCUACAGGCCUGCCAGAUCUUUGCUUUCGACGGAGAGACGGCACUACAAUUGGGCUCUGACUUCAAGAGCCUGCUCAAACACCAGCUCCAACGCUGCACUGUCUGCGUACGCGAGUACCACCGUGGAAGACAAGACGUGAAGCACGACCUUGAACUGCAAUAUGAUGCCGAUCUGGUAGCUUCCUUCAUGCAAGUCUUCGACCAGAUGAACACCGAACGUAUCGCCGCCGGCUUGGACGGCGUUAGAAACACCCUUCUCGAUCUCGCUCCCGAAGAACGCUCUAUCGCCAAUCUGCCUCAAGAAGAGAUGUACGCCCUCUUUGAGUCGAUGCAUUGCACAGCAUUCCUACAAAACGAGUCGCUUCUUCGCGACCACUUCGACCAACCCUUCAAGCUCGUUCAAACCAAGAGGAAAAUUACCCUGCCUGAAUACACACCGGCUUUGACUUCCUUUCUGUUCAGUCACAACAAGGAGAGACGUACCUGGGCUCUCAGAGGCUGGACAAAGUUCAAGCGACCUAUCACUGGCGUCGAGUUCGACUGGACAGUUCGCGAUACUUUCAAUGCGGCUAUGCUUCGUGUCACCCCUAUGAACAUCGAUCGCGACUUCUUGCCCAUCUUCUGGGAUGGCGCCAAAGUCAUUCUUGAAAGACUCGACAAAAACCUCAUCACACAUCACCUUCGAGCUCUGGAUAUGGAUAUUUACAAGCUAGCUCUUGACCAUUUCCAGCUCUCCUUCGAUGGCUAUGGAAACAUUGUCAGUAGUUUCAGUGCUCUACUGAAGAAAUCCCCGAAGGAUGUCUGGGAGGCUUUGGCUGCUGUCCCUCCACAGGCCGUCGCAGAACAGAUCCUCAACAGCCCCUCCAUUGACGGGCCGAUGAUGACCACCGAGGAAGACAAACCACUGCAACUCGAAGCACUUCUGGAGUGGGUCGAUCCUUUUGUGCAGUCCAUCAAGCCCGCGAACCUGGCCCCUGCGUGUCGUGCCGUUCUGCAGCAAUUGAUGACGAGGCUACAAUCGGACAAAUACUCCCGAUAUGCUCAGACUGUCUGUUGGCAUAAAGGCUUACAGGUCAUGAACACUACGAUGGAGAUCAUGAAUCAGGCGAGUGCAGGCAGUGCCACUGUGGCAGACUUGCUUGAGCUAGUUCGCGUCCAUGUCUUCACGAUCUUGGAGAAUCUUCAUAGCUUCAAAGAUUCCCCAGCACACUCCCGCGAGACCGACCUUGGUCUCGAUGUUGUGCGCAAUGCCCUUUCCCUUGACUGCCAUUCCCUAGCAUCAACACGCGAUGCAAUAUUGCAACAGAAGUCUCUCGGAUUCGAUCUCAACGUCUCAUCAUUGGCCAUUUGGAAGGCUGCAGUAAGGAGCGUCAAGCCAGGUGAUAUCUCUCUUGCAUCAGCAAUCUUGAUCGGCGCCAGCCGUCUCAUGCUUCUGGAACCGCUUGCGCCCAAAGAGUCUGCCAAUGCUUCCAAGCAUGCUGAAAGCUGGAACAAUGGGUUUGAACGCGCUUCGGGCUACAUCACCGAGCUCUUCAACAGCUUGCAGGACUUCGACCCCAAAGAGCUUCAAGGAUUGAUGAGUAGCCCUGGUGCAGCACAGAGUCUUUUCUAUGCGGUUUUCUCUGGCCAUGCUGAAAUCCAACAAUCUGCGGCCACCAUUAUCAAGAGCAUGGGAUCUCAGGACUCGCGUAGAGAUGGCGUAAAAUAUCUUGUGGAAAAUUACUUCGUGGUGGCGCUUCAAACCAUCGCUUCGACUCUCCGCGGUAUGUCUCGGAGCCACAUGUUUUCACCAUGCAGAACUCUACUCAAGCUGGGAAGGGACAUCCUUGACUGCCUCUGCAGCACGCAAGAUGGUAUCUUGCGGUCCCGUAAGCUCAACGCAGAAGAAGUCCAGGCCAUUGAGAACACGUGGCAAGCCCUGUGGAGCGUAAUAGGAUGCAUGUUCAAGUACACAGAGCAAUGGAGUCUUGCUGGGCACGACAAGAACAUGAUGAUUGAAUUCUGCCGAGACGCUAUGGAUUUUGCAGAUUACGCAUUCAACCAGUACAGUGUCAUUGCAGGAGCGCUGCGCGACGCAAAUGUUGCUUCGGGUGACAACAAAACGUUUCAAGAAGUCGAACAAGGCCUACUGCAGAUGCCCAGAGAUGCAUCGGGCCAUGUUACAAAAUGGCUCCGACUCAGAGAUGAGUAUCUGAUCAACAAAGCCGUGACCAUUACCUCUGAAAUCAUGAAGCGUCUUGAAUCAGUUGAUCUGCGACUGCCCGAGGACUCUACAAUCUAUGUCGACGACGUGCUGAAUGGCACCGUCAAGACGAGGCUCAGCAUGUCCCAGAAGGCCGAAUUGCGUCGGGCACUAGAGACACAUAUUGGUGUCGGGUCCGAGGUCCAAGAGCAGAGCGCAACUGAGAUAUCCAAGCCUCAGAGGCAAGAUGCGACAAACACAACUCCAGCCAGCAAACCCAAGAGAACUUUGGAUAUGGAAACUUGGAGAGCUGCCGCUGACGAGUCUGCUCUCAAGAGGGCCAUCUCGAGCGUUUCGCCAACCGCUGAGAUGCUCAAAGCACGUGGCGACUUUGCUAAGAAGUCCAUACUACCAACCAGGACUCCAGUUGUACAGCAGGACCCCAACAACUUCAGGGUUAAACGUCAGCAAGAACAAGAAGCUAAACGCAAGAGAGAUCUUGCGGCGAUUGCUGCUGCCAAGAGGGAAGGUGGUUCAGGCCUACAAGGCAUCGGUCUCGAAGGCAAGGACCACUCAACCAAGGGUCAAGGUGUCAUGGUCUCCUCGGAUGAGAGCAGCGAGGACGAAGACGACCAGCUGGACGCAGAACUUUUCGGCGUCAAGCCCACCAAGAAGCGAGUAAACACUGCGAAAAGCGAUGCUGCAGGCGCCAUUGGCUUGAAACGCGAACAACGUAAUCAGCCCAUUCGAAUCGAGAGGCGAGUUCGUUCUGCCAAGGAUAUGCGAGCUCGACUUGCUCCAGACCUUGCACCCCUACACAAGACGAUUCUGGGCUGGGACUUCUUCUACGAAGGCGACUACCCCCCCAACUCCAAAGACUGGCAAUUCCAAAAGGUCGCCAACUCCUUCCGCCAUGUUGCCGAUUAUCAAGAGACGUUCCGUCCACUACUUGUUCUCGAAGCUUGGCAAGGCUUCAUGAAAUCGAGGGAAGAAGGCUCCUUCAAGCCCUACGAGAUAAAGAUCGUAAACAGAUCAAGUGUUGACGCUUUCAUCGAGGUCAGCAGCUCUGUCACACACGCCGAGAAUAGGGAGAUACAAAUCUCGGAGAGCGACAUCAUACUCUUCUCGAUGUCCAACAAUCCCACGGCAGAUGCCGACGCUGCUCAUUGUUUUGCCCAAGUGUAUCGUACACGCCGCCAGAAGCAACACAUAGAGGUCACGUAUCGUGUGAUGCCGGGAAACAACAACACUAUGAUAGCUCAUCUUUUGCCUGGCAGUGUCAUACACGGUACUAAGGUCCAAUCGAUUACACCCCUGGAACGCGAGUAUGGAGCCCUGCUCGGUCUGCAGUAUUACGACUUGUGCGACGAGAUCACCAAAGCCAGACCUUCGCCACUACUGGAGUAUACUGAUAAGCAGUUAGCGCCCAUCGUCAGCAACUACACGCUCAAUAAAGCACAAGCCAAGGCUGUUCAGUCUGCAGUGCAGAAUGAUGCUUUCACUCUAAUUCAGGGUCCUCCAGGCUCUGGCAAGACCAAGACGAUUGUAGCGAUUGUGGGUGCCUUGCUUAGUGACAGUCUUUCGGACAAGCAACUGGGCAGUAAGAUCGAGGUUCCACGAGGAGGUGGCACUUUCCCUACCAACACGGGCGUGUCAAAAAAGCUUCUAGUGUGCGCGCCCAGUAACGCAGCAGUAGACGAGCUGGUGAUGAGAUUCAAGGAAGGUGUCAAGACACUCAGAGGUGUUCACCGAAAGGUGAAUGUGGUUCGUGUCGGUCGUAGCGAGGCUGUCAACAGCUCUGUCGUCGACGUGACGAUGGAGGAGCUUGUCAACAAACGCUUGGGUUCCACCAAUAACGACAAGCAGGCAAGGGAGCAGACUCAGCAACUCAUGAAAGAACACCAGAACGUGUCUGAACAGGUCCGGUUGACUCGCUCAAAGCUUGACAGUGGCGAGGUCAAGGGCAAAGAGCUCUCAGAGCUCCAAGACCAAUUCAAUGCUCUUCGCAAUCGCAAGACUAAAUUGGGAACUCAGAUUGACAACGCCAAAGACAACGAAAACUCGGCCGGUCGAGCUGCAGAGCUCAAUCGUAAGAGAGUGCAACAGUCUAUCUUGGACGAUGCUCACAUCAUCUGCGCUACCUUGAGUGGUAGUGGUCAUGACAUGUUCCAGAGUCUGAACAUCGAGUUCGAGACUGUCGUGGUUGAUGAAGCCGCCCAAUGCGUGGAGAUGAGCGCUCUGAUUCCUUUGAAAUAUGGAUGUGCCAAGUGCAUUCUUGUUGGAGAUCCCAGACAACUGCCCCCAACGGUUUUCUCCAAAGCCGCCUCUGCCAACAAAUAUGAGCAAAGUUUGUUUGUUCGAAUGCAGAACAACCACCCAGAAGCGGUCCAUCUGCUGGACACUCAAUACCGCAUGCACCCCGACAUCAGUGCCUUUCCCAGCGCAGCUUUCUACGAAGGUCGUCUAUUGGAUGGAGAUAACAUGGCAGGUCUUCGGAAACAGCCAUGGCACGCCAGCGACUUGCUUGCACCAUACCGAUUCUUCGACGUUCAAGGCCAGCACCAAGCCGCACCUAAAGGUCACUCUCUCAUCAACCUGGCGGAGAUCGAAAUUUCCAUGCUUCUGUACGAGAGACUUAUCAGUGAUUACCGUGAUUACGAUUUCAAGAACAAGAUCGGUAUCAUCACGCCUUACAAGUCACAGUUGCGGGAGUUGAAGCAACGCUUCUCCGGUCGUUAUGGCCCUGAGAUUAUAGAGAACAUCGAAUUCAAUACCACAGACGCCUUUCAGGGUCGAGAGAGCGAGAUCAUCAUCUUCUCUUGCGUUCGUGCAUCUGCUACGGGUAGCGUCGGAUUCUUGUCCGAUGUUCGUCGCUUGAACGUUGGUAUCACUCGUGCGAAGUCCAGUCUGUGGAUCCUCGGUAACUCGGACAGUUUGAUGAGGGGCGCGGUCUGGAAGACACUUCUGGAUGAUGCUCGGGAUCGCCAAAGCUACAUAACAGGCAAUCUCCAUGGAAUGCUCAAAGCACACUCUUCAAAGUAUCCCGCAAAGGCACAUUCUCUGACCAAGAACUCAAAAUCAUCUGUCUCGAACAACAAUGGAUCCGCCAAGCAGAACGGAUACACUGGAGUCACUGCUGACAAGGGGCAAGGCAACAGUCUAAGGGUCAAACAUGAAGCUGAUGGUCAGAAGGUCAAGAAGGAAAAUGGCAUUCAAGCCAUGGAAGGCGUGCGUGUCAAGUUGGAGGAUAAGCUUGCCAGUAUGCGCACAAAAAAGGGCGAUGGAGAUGUUGAGAUGGCUGAUGCAGACUCCGCUCGGAGUGGUGCUUCCACGCCGACAGUGAACAGCGAGCCUGUUUCUGCUUCAGCAUCUGUCUCAUCGGGACCGGCAGCUGCUGCCAAGCCCAAAACAUACAUGUUACCAACCACGACGACACCUCAGAUUAUACGCAAGAGGAAAAAGCCCGCCGACCCCUUCAUGCCUCAGCAAAACAGAAAGCAGAGGAAAGGUUGA